AUGAAGGCGUUCCGGGGCGAGGACAACCACAUCCGGCUGUUCAGGCCCAUGCUGAACAUGGAGAGGAUGCAUCGCAGCGCAGACAGAAGCUGCCUCCCCCUGUUUGAGAAGGAGGAACUCCUGAAGUGCAUCAAGAAGCUGGUGGAGAUCGACCAGGAAUGGGUGCCGCACUCCCAGGAAGCCAGCCUCUACAUCAGACCCACCUUCAUCGGGACCGAGCCUUCUCUGGGCGUCUCCCGGCCCAGCAGAGCCAUGAUCUUCGUUAUCGUGGGCCCGGUGGGACCAUACUUUGCCACGGGGUCCUUCAACCCGGUGUCCCUGCUGGCCGACCCCUCGUUUGUCCGAGCCUGGAGAGGGGGCGUGGGGGCCUACAAGAUGGGAGGGAACUACGGGCCGACCAUCGCGGUGCAGAACGAGGCGCAGAAGCAGGGCUGCCAGCAGGUGCUGUGGCUCUACGGGGAGCAGGAGGAAAUCACAGAGGUCGGCACCAUGAACCUCUUCAUCUACUGGACCAACGACAAAGGAGAGAGGGAGCUGAUGACCCCCCCCCUGGACGGCAUCAUCCUGCCCGGCGUGACCCGGCAGUCCCUGCUGGACCUGGGCAGAGACUGGGGGGAGUUUACGGUGACGGAGCGCACCAUGGGCAUGAAGGAGCUGCUGGGGGCUCUGGACGCGGGCCGGGUCCUGGAGGUGUUCGGGGCCGGGACGGCCUGUGUGGUCUGUCCGGUCGGCAGCCUCCUCUACAGGGGAAAGACCUACCAGAUCCCCACCAUGCAGAACGGGCCCGACCUGGCCAAGAGGUUCUACAAGGAGCUGACUGACAUUCAGAGCGGAGCUGGCGGGACGGACGCCCCGCGCGUGAACCAGCCGAGAAAGGAAACGUUAUCUUCCUCCCUCGUUAGAGGCUAA